UUCGGGAAAUUCUGUUUCUUCUGAUAAAAAAUUGCAAUGUAAUAUCUAAUUCAACACAAAUAUUUUAGGGGUACCACAUUAACUUUAGUGGUACUACAGGUACCCCCAAAACAACCAGCUUUUAAAAAAUUGACGAACUUGUAGAAGAACAUUUGCAAAAAUGUCUAACACACUAACUCAAGCUUUUGUUCGGGACUUGAAGUCCCGCAAUCCUGAAGUUCGUAGCAAAGCAGCCCAAGACCUAUAUCGAUAUGUUAAAACCGAACUUCGGGAAGUUUCUGCUGAGGAUUUGACAUCUUUUAUGGAUGAUUUCAAUCAUCACAUUUUUGAAAUGGUGUCUGGAUCAGAUGUCAAUGAGAAAAAAGGCGGUAUCCUUGCCAUUGUGUGUCUGAUCGAUGCAGAUGUGGGAAAUAUAAACAAUAGAAUAUCAAGAUUUGCCAACUACUUACGUAACCUUCUUCCAUCCAAUGACAUCGGAGUGAUGGAGUUGGCUGCUAAAACUGUGGGAAAGUUGGCUUUGGUGUCAGGCACAUAUUCAGCGCAGUACGUAGAGUUUGAGGUGAAACGAGCCUUUGAGUGGCUCGGAGGAGACAGGCAUGAAGGCAAACGUCACGCCGCGGUGCUAGUACUGAGGGAGCUAGCGGUAGGUGUACCAACCUACUUUUUCCAGCAAGUUCAGGUGUUUUUCGACCUCAUCUUCAAUGCCAUCCGAGAUCCAAAAGCUAUUAUCAGGGAGGCUGCAGUCGAAGCUUUGAGAGCCGCGUUAGUAGUGACAGCUCAGAGAGAAACAGCUCGUCAGACUCAGAAACCUCAGUGGUACAAACAGUGCUAUGACGAGGCCAAGAACGGUUUUGACGACACUCUGAUCAGAGAGAAGGGUGUGAACAGAGAUGACCGAGUGCACGGCUCGCUGCUCGUCCUCAAUGAGCUGAUGAGAUGCAGUAAUGCCCAAUGGGAACGCUCGUACGAGGAUCUGAUGCAGCGGUUGCAGUAUCCAAUCACCCCACCACCUUCUGACUCUGUGAGUCUACUGCCGAGACUGAAGGCUCCGCUCAUCUCAGGGAAGACGCGGCAGAACAGCGCGUCACACACCAACAUCAGCUCCAUCAUGUUGGCCAACAACAAGAGCAACCCGGAGCACAUGUUGUUUGAGAGUUCAGUCUGCCGCAGUCUGAUGAUUGAACACUUUGACGAUAUCUGCAAGGAGACACUGGCGCAGCGAAUAUCUCGUACGUCCCAUAUCCUACAGACCCUGCUGGCCAUACUGCCUCGCCUCGCUGCCUUCAACAAGGAGAAGUUUGUUAAAACACAUCUAAACCCGACCAUGGUGUACCUGUUGGCGACACUGCGAGGACGGGAUCGUGACAGAGCGACGGCUUUUACGGCCAUCGGAUUGAUCGCUGUUGCGGUUGAGAAGAACAUCAAACCUUACCUGCCCAAGAUAAUGGAGAUUAUCAGGGCUUCUCUUCCUACCAAGGACACGCCCAGCAAGAAGCGCAUGUCAGGCCUGGAGCCGUCAGUGUUUGUGUGUAUCACUCUGCUGGGCCACGCCGUCAAGACCCUGAUCAAGUCCGAUGUGAGAGACUUGUUGGAGCCGAUGUUGGCGACGGGACUGUCUCCCGCACUGACCACGUCUCUACGAGAACUGGCCACCAGCAUACCACAGCUCAAACCAGACAUCAGCGAGGGCUUGCUGAGGAUGCUGUCGCAGGUGCUGAUGAACAAGCACACAAGAUCGUCCCACACCGUCACUGUGUCCAGCAGUCUGAGCGCAGAGCCGCAGGAGAUUGCGUCUAUUGUGCUGGCCCUGCGCACUCUGGGCAGCUUCAACUUUGAUGGUCACUCGCUGCUACAGUUUGUCAGACGCUGCGCUGAACACUUCCUCAACUGUGAACAGCAGGAGGUGAGACUAGAGGCAGUGAGGACGUGUAGUCGUCUGCUGAGACUGGCUGUGGAGAGUUCUAGCAGUAGACACAGUCAGACUGUCACAUCUACUGUCAGUGACGUGCUGGCUAAACUGUUGGUCGUGGGAAUCACUGAUACUGAUCUAGAGGUUCGCUACUGGGUGAUGGCUUCUCUAGAUGACAGUUUUGACAACCACCUGGCUCAGGCAGAGAAUCUCAGUGCACUGUUUGUAGCCAUGAACGACGAGGUGUUUGAGAUCAGAGAGCUUGCGCUGUGCACGAUCGGCAGACUGAGCUCUUUGAAUCCUGCCUACGUCAUGCCUUCCCUGCGAAAAACACUGAUACAGUUCCUGACAGAGUUGGAACACAGUGGGAUGGGCCGCAACAAGGAGCAGAGCGCUCGUAUGCUUGACCACCUGGUAGUCAACGCUCCACGGCUCAUCAGGAACUACAUGGAGCCCAUACUGAAGGUGUUGGUGCCCAAACUGAAGGAGGCUGAGCCCAACCCUGGUGUGGUCAUUAGUGUGCUCACUGCCAUCGGAGAUUUGGCCGAGGUGAACGGUGUGAAGAUCCAGCCGUGGAUGGGAGAGCUGCUAGCCAUCCUGCUGGAGAUGCUGGGAGACGCCAGUUCCCCUGAGAAGCGUGGUGUAGCGUUGUGGGCUCUUGGACAGCUGGUGGGGGCUACAGGGUUCGUGGUGAGACCCUACAACCAGUACCCUGCGCUGCUGGACACUCUUAUUAACUUCCUCAAGACUGAGCAGCAGCCAAUCAUCAGACGUGAGACCAUAAGAGUGCUGGGCUUACUGGGGGCGCUGGACCCGUACAAACAUAAGAUGAACCUUGGACAGAUAGACACCCAGGUGGACUCUACGGCUCUGCUGUCCAUGACGGACCUCAAGUCUGAGGCAGAGGCUAGUCACGAAUUGACGACGAGUGAAAUGUUGGUCAACAUGAGUUCGUCUACGCUGGAGGAGUAUUACCCAGCUAUAGCCAUCGCCAUGCUGAUGCGGAUCAUACGAGACCCAACUCUAUCUCAGCAUCACACCAUGGUGGUCCAGGCUAUAACUUUCAUAUUCAAAUCGCUCGGUAUCAAGUGUGUUCCGUACAUCUCCCAAGUGAUGCCGAGUUUCCUCAAUGUUAUCCGGACAGCUGAUGUCAACUUCAGGGAAUUUCUGUUCCAACAGCUGGCGUUCCUCAUUGCCAUCGUCAAGCAGCACAUCAGGAACUAUCUGGAUGACAUAUUUGUACUUAUUAAGGAGUUCUGGACCACCAACAGCACUAUCCAGAGCACUCUGAUUCUGUUGGUAGAGCACAUCGCGGUGGCGCUUGGCGCUGAGUUCAAGAUAUAUCUGCCUCAGUUGAUGCCCCAGAUUCUGCGGGUGCUCAUCCAUGACACUAGCAAAGAACGCACGGUUACUGUGAAGCUGCUGAUGGCGCUACAGAAGUUUGGCAGCAACCUAGACGAGUACCUCCACCUAGUGCUGCCUCCAGUGGUCAAACUGUUUGACGCCACGGACUGUCCGCUAGCUGUGUGUCGAGUUGCUAUGGAGACUAUAGACCAACUCUCCGAUACACUUGACUUUACAGACUUUGCUUCUCGCAUCAUCCAUCCUCUGGUUCGUAGCCUAGACCAAUGUCCGGAGUUGAGAAGCACAGCUAUGGAGACACUGUGUGCGUUGGUUCUUCAGCUGGGCCGCAAGUAUAAGAUAUUCGUACCUCUAGUCAGCAAAGUCAUAACUAAACACCGCAUCGUCUGUGCCAGAUACGAACAGCUCACCACUAAAAUUUUAACUGAUUCAACAAUAGUAGCAGAAGAAGAUUUUCUACUGACAAGACAUAGAAUUGCAAGAAACAAGAUAAGAGAUGCUGCUAUGAACACAUCAGACACAACGACUAUAAAGCGAAUGCACACGUCAGCUCAGAACCUGCAGAAAGCUUGGACAGCCACCAGAAGGGUGUCUAAGGACGACUGGCUGGAGUGGCUGCGGAGAUUAAGCAUCGACUUCCUGAAGGAAUCUCCGUCUCCAGCCCUCAGGUCUUGCUGGGCUCUCGCGCAGACCUACUCACAGCUGCCGAGAGACUUGUUCAACGCAGCGUUUGUGUCGUGCUGGACGGAGCUGACGGAAGCUCUGCAGCAAGAACUGAUCAGAACACUGGAGCAAGCCCUCAUGGUGCCCGACCUUCCUGAGAUCACUCAGACAAUCCUCAACUUGGCGGAGUUCAUGGAUCAUUGCGACAAGGGUCCGCUACCACUGGACCCCCAGCUGCUGGGAGAGAGAGCCAUGCAUUGUAGAGCCUACGCCAAGGCUCUGCACUACAAAGAGGAGGAGUUCCACAAGGCUCGCACCUCUCAGGUCCUGGAGGCUCUUAUAUCCAUCAACAACAAGCUGCAACAGAAGGAGGCUGCUGAAGGUCUGGUCGAGUAUGUGAUGUCCCACCAAGACGAGCACCUGAAGGUCCAGGAGAGGUGGUAUGAGAAGCUGCACAACUGGGAGAAGGCUCUGCAUGCGUAUGAGGAGCGACUCACUGACAACCCCAAUGACAUAGAGCUGGUGCUGGGCCAGAUGCGGUGUAUGGAGGCUCUGGGAGAUUGGGGUCAACUACACAGUGUGGCCAGUGGUCACUGGACAGAGCUGACUGACACAGGUAGAGAGCGCAUGUCUCGCAUGGCCGCUGCAGCCAGCUGGGGUCUGUCCCAGUGGGACUCCAUGGACCAGUACGUAUCGUGUAUCCCACGGGACACCACAGACGGAGCCUUCUACCGUGCAGUGCUGGCUGUACAUCGGGAGCAGUACGCUACAGCUCAGCAGCUGAUAGACUCAGCCAGGGACUUGUUGGACACAGAGCUGACAGCCAUGGCCGGGGAGAGCUACCAGAGAGCGUACGGUGCCAUGGUGUCAGUGCAGAUGUUGGCAGAACUGGAGGAGGUGGUGCAGUACAAGCUGGUUCCAGAGAGACAACCAACCAUCCGCAAGAUGUGGUGGGACAGGCUUCAGGGAUGCCAAAGAGUGGUGGAAGAUUGGCAGAGAAUCAUCCAAGUUCACACUCUUGUAGUCAGUCCUGAAGAAGACAUGUUCACGUGGCUCAAGUAUGCGUCCUUGUGUCGCAAGGCGUCUCGGCUGAUGCUGUCGCACAAAACGCUUGUGAUGCUGCUGGGUGUGGAUCCCUCUCUGAACCCAGACGAGCCUCUGCCAGUACAUCAUCCUCAGGUCACCUUCGCCUACACCAAGCACAUGUGGAUGGCCGGCCAGAAGGAGAAGGCCUACAACCAGUUGCAUGAGUUUGUCCAAAAGUACUUGGAACUUCCAGUCAAGACGACGUCAGGAUCAGCCGAUGACGGAAAGCAACUGGAAAUGCGACGGAGAUUACUUGCCAGAUGCUACCUCAAGCUAGGCCAAUGGCAGGAGAGUCUGCAGGGUCUCAAUGAGAAGUCUAUCCGCGCCGUGCUGCAGUAUUACGAGGCGGCCACGGAGCACGACCCCGACUGGUACAAGGCUUGGCACUCGUGGGCGUACAUGAACUUUGAGACGGUUCUCUUCUACAAGUGUCCACCCACUAAUCAAGCCCAAGGUGGGGACGCCAGGACAAACGCGGUCAACACCCAGUACAUCACCCAGUUCACAGUUCCGGCUGUGGAAGGUUUUUUCCGCUCUAUCUCUCUGUCUCACGGCAGUUCUCUACAAGACACCUUGCGACUGUUAACCCUCUGGUUUGACUACGGACAGUGGCUGGAGGUGUACGAAGCCAUAGUUGAGGGCCUUCGCACUAUUGAGAUAGACACUUGGCUUCAGGUUAUUCCCCAGCUGAUAGCCAGGAUAGAUACUCCGCGUACAUUAGUGAGUCGGCUGAUCCACCACCUGCUGAUGGACAUUGGUAAGCACCACCCUCAGGCGCUGGUCUAUCCCCUGACUGUGGCGAGCAAGUCAGCUAGCCUGGCCAGGCGCAACGCUGCCAACAAGAUACUCAAGAGUAUGUGCGAACAUAGCCAAGCCCUGGUACAACAGGCUGUUAUGGUUAGUGACGAGCUGAUCAGAGUGGCCAUCUUGUGGCACGAGCUGUGGCAUGAAGGUCUAGAGGAGGCCAGCAGACUGUACUUUGGUGAGAGGAAUGUCAAGGGAAUGUUUGACACUCUGGAGCCACUUCAUGUCAUGCUGGAUCGUGGACCACAGACUCUGAAAGAAACGUCUUUCAAUCAGGCGUACGGCCGAGACCUGAUGGAGGCAAUGGACUGGUGCAAGCGUUACAAGGUGUCUGGCAAUGUGAGAGAUCUGAACCAGGCGUGGGACUUGUACUACCACGUGUUUCGCCGCAUCUCCCGACAACUGCCACAACUGACCAGUCUGGAGCUACAGUACGUCAGCCCCAAGCUGUUGUUGUGCCGGGACCUGGAGCUGGCAGUGCCGGGCAGCUACAUACCCAACCAGCCCAUCGUCAGGAUAGCUCACAUACAGAGCUCACUGCAGGUCAUCACCAGCAAGCAGAGGCCUAGGAAACUGUGUAUUAGAGGGAGCAAUGGCAACGACUACAUGUUCCUGCUGAAAGGACAUGAAGACCUUCGCCAGGACGAGAGAGUAAUGCAACUGUUUGGACUAGUCAACACUUUGCUGCUAAACGAUCCCGACACCUUCAGAAGGAAUCUCACCAUACAGAGGUAUGCGGUCAUCCCGUUGUCUACAAACUCAGGUCUGAUCGGCUGGGUACCGCACUGUGACACACUACACACUCUUAUCCGAGACUACAGAGAGAAGAAGAAAAUACUUCUCAACAUUGAACAUCGUAUCAUGCUCAGAAUGGCCCCGGAUUACGACCACCUGACACUGAUGCAGAAGGUGGAGGUGUUUGAGCACGCCCUGGAGCACACGCAGGGUGACGACCUUGCUCGACUGUUGUGGCUCAAGUCGCCCAGCUCCGAGGUGUGGUUCGACCGCAGGACCAACUACACUCGCUCCCUGGCCGUCAUGUCCAUGGUGGGCUACAUACUGGGACUCGGCGACAGGCAUCCUUCCAACCUCAUGCUAGACAGACUGAGUGGAAAGAUCCUCCAUAUUGAUUUUGGUGACUGUUUCGAAGUUGCCAUGACUAGAGAAAAGUUCCCUGAGAAGAUACCUUUCCGCCUCACUAGGAUGCUGAUCAAUGCAAUGGAGGUGACUGGCAUCGAGGGUACGUACCGCCGCACCUGCGAGAGCGUCAUGUCAGUGCUGCAUAGGAACAAGGACAGUUUGAUGGCAGUGUUGGAGGCGUUUGUUUACGACCCGUUGCUCAACUGGAGACUCAUGGACCAGGGCGGAGCUGCAGUGAAGGCCAAGCGAACAAAGUCCCAGCCGGAGUCCAGCAUCCCGUCAUCCUCGUCGCAGGCAGACCACGGUGAUAUCCUGGACAGUGUUGCCAACAGUCUCAGUGCCAACGUUGGGAAGAAGCCAGCUGGUCCCAGCAGCACGGAGAACACAGGUGACAACAGCCAACCUGAAGCGAUGAACGCAAAAGCGGUAAAUAUCAUCUGUAGAGUGAAGGAUAAACUGACUGGUCGAGAUUUUUCACAAGAAGAAGAACUGACUGUGGAGAGACAAGUGCAGCUGCUUAUUCUCCAGGCAACAGCAAACGAGAAUCUGUGCCAGUGUUAUAUCGGAUGGUGUCCAUUUUGGUAAAUUGAUGCGGAAAAUGUGAAACUCUCUUUAGGAUAGUGGUUAUUGAUACAUAUUAGUGUAAAAAGUAAUUUUAGUUUUAGUCACUAUCAUAGCUAGAAUUCUAUAAGGAAAAAUCAAAUUUAGAUCAUGUUGAAAGAUUAUUACACUAGUUUUUAAUUUGUUUAGUUUCAGUUAUUAAAGUACACCUUGGUGAGUUUAAGUUGACUUCGGGUCCUCUUAAAGGAUUUGUAGAGAGAAUAUUUUUGAUCAUCAGUAAGUGAGACUGUUUGUUAAGUUAGUUGUACAGCUGACUCAUAUUGUCUGAGGGUUAUCUUUUGAUUAUUUUUUUUCCGCUUUUAUUGUUAUAAUAAUUAUAGUAUAGUUUUUUUAGAUACAUUUGUUAGUUUUGUUGUUAGUUGUUACUUUUAUUGUGGAUUUACAUUAUUCCAUAAUUUGCUAGAGUCUUAAUUUAUCUUAAGCCACAAAUGUGAAGGAUUUAAUUUAAAAGAAACAUAUUAUGUCAGCUAUGUAUUUUUUUACAUGCAAAAACUGUUUAUUCCUAAAAGUAAUGCCAUAUUAGUUUCCAAGUGUUGUUAUUUGCAUUUUAAUUAGUUUAGCUAAGUUUGCUUUGAAAAUAAUUUGCAUUAGUAACAUAAAAAAAUAUUAAAUUUGUUCUAAUUUAGACAGUGAGUGAGGAAACUUUAUUUAAUGUUAAUGUGUUUAUAGAGGGUGGGGCAAUGAGAACCAUACAAUUUAUUUUAGCUACCAGCUGAUAAAUAUUGCAACAAUGAGUGAACAGCUGUGCUCAUAAACAAAAUUGAACGAUACCAUUUUAGUAAACAUGGCGUUUUGGAAUCCUGAACACCGUGUUUUUGAUGUGGAAACUUUUUUUAAGAAUAAUUAUUUUUUUAUAAAAACACAGAAUGUUUAGGAACUAUUUCAAUAUUGAUCGAAACAGGGCUGCUCCGAGUCGGUUAACGAUAGAGACCUGGGUAUCACUAUUUAGAAGAAUGGCAUAAUCCCAAAAAAAUAUUGGUGUAAGCUAUAACACUGUUAGCACAUCAGCCAAUGUGGAGAGAGUACGAGCCGCAGUCACUCAAAGUCCAAAGUGGUCCAUCAGUAAGUAAUCCUUGAUACUUCAAAUUUCUAGGAGAUCACUUGGAAGGAUCUUGCAUCAAUAUAUCCAUUUCCACCUCUACAAGAUGCAAGAUGCCUGCUCGAACUCAGGCAGAUAAUCACCAAAGGGGUUCAAGCGAUUUCUCAAAAAAAUGCUUGAAAGCGUAUUCGACAGGUUUUUACUCAAAGAAUGUCAACAUUUUCAAGGAUGGCAUUUGAAGGAAGUUGUUUUGAAUAUAUGAAAUAAUGGUUUGUCCAGAACAAAAUGGUAUAAGACUACCUUUUUUGAUGUUUUUUUGUAUAUCUGUAAUAUAAAAAUUAUAGGUUUUGUGUUGUUUAUAAAUUGUAUAGUUCUCAUUGCCCCACCCUGUAUAAUGUCUUAAUCUAGUUUUAUUACAAAGUAAUCGUUUUGACCAUCAUUGUUCCAUCAACAAAAUGAAUAUGUUUAUGUUUAAGAUUAUUUGUAAAUAUAUUAUUAAUGUAUGUAAAAUAUAAAUUAUAUUGUUAUUUCUCA